AUGGGCCCCAAAACUCUACAACCCACACUCUCAACCCCAACACUCUCAACCCCCAUACUCUCUAACCUAACACUCUCUAACCCAAAACUCUACAACCCCACACUCUACACCCCCACACUCUCGAACCUAAAAAUCUCUAACCCAAAACUCUACAACCCAACACUCUACAACCCCACACUCUCUAACCUAAAAAUCUCUAACCCAAAACUCUACAACCCCACACUCUCUAACCCAACGUCCUCUAACCCAACGUCCUCUAACCUAACAAUCUAUAACCCAAAACUCUACAACCCCACACUCUACAACCCCACACUCUCUAACCCAAAACUCUACAACCCCACACUCUACAACCCCACACUCUACAACCCCACACUCUACAACCCCACACUCUCUAAGCCAAUGUCCUCUAACCUAACACUCUCUAACCUAACAAUCUCUAACCCAAAACUCUACAACCCCACACUCUCUAAGCCAAAACUCUACAACCCCACACUCUACAACCCCACACUCUACAACCCCACACUCUACAACCCCACACUCUACAACCCCACACUCUACAACCCAAAACUCUACAACCCCACACUCUACAACCCCACACUCUCUAAGCCAAUGUCCUCUAACCUAACACUCUCUAACCUAACAAUCUCUAACCCAAAACUCUACAACCCCACACUCUACAACCCCACACUCUCUAAGCCAAAACUCUACAACCCCACACUCUACAACCCCACACUCUACAACCCCACACUCUACAACCCCACACUCUCUAAGCCAAAACUCUACAACCCCACACUCUACAACCCCACACUCUACAACCCCACACUCUACAACCCCACACUCUACAACCCCACACACUACAACCCCACACUCUACAACCCCACACUCUCUAAGCCAAUGUCCUCUAACCUAACACUCUCUAACCUAACAAUCUCUAACCCAAAACUCUACAACCCAAAACUCUACAACCCCACACUCUACAACCCCACACUCUCUAAGCCAAAACUCUACAACCCCACACUCUACAACCCCACACUCUACAACCCCACACUCUACAACCCCACACUCUACAACCCCACACUCUACAACCCCACACUCUCUAAGCCAACGUCCUCUAACCUAACACUCUCUAACCUAACAAUCUCUAACCCAAAACUCUACAACCCAACACUCUACAACCCCACACUCUCUAACCCAACGUCCUCUAACCCAAUGUCCUCUAACCUAACAAUCUCUAACCCAAAACUCUACAACCCCACACUCUACAACCCCACACUCUCUAACCCAAAACUCUACAACCCAAAACUCUACAACCCAAAACUCUACAACCCAAAACUCUACAACCCCACACUCUACAACCCCACACUCUACAACCCCACACUCUACAACCCCACACUCUACAACCCCACACUCUCUAAGCCAAAACUCUACAAGCCCACACUCUACAACCCCACACUCUAUAACCCCACACUCUAUAACCCCAACACUCUCAACCCCAACACUCUCAACCCCAACACUCUCAACCCCAACGCUCUCAACCCCAACACUCUCAACCCCCAUACUCUCUAA